ACCUCCGUGAGUCUCACAGCGGGCGACUUUCCGUUUCGGCCUUCAAGUUCUUGAGUUUCUGUGCAGCACUUUUGGAAUCUGAACACUCCUGAACAGUGAAAGAGUCGAGAGGUGAGGGCUCGAGAGGUGAGGGCUGACGUCUGUGGCUUCAGCAGCGGGCUGCCUUGAUGCUAUCACCACUAAUAGAGCUCUGCACGAGGCUGCACAAUUUGCAGCUCCAAGGCCCUUGCUUCGUUUCAGGACAGCGAGGUUUGAACGUCUGAAGCUGUCGCUUCGUCAUAAGUGGACGCCAUCUCGGUUUUCUGUCAAAAUCUGCAAGCUCUUGAAUCAACUGGAGGGCCACAUUCGAUGCUAGGGAGCCGCCCUUAGAAGCAUUUUGCACUAGCGGACCAUUCACUUCAAUCAAAUGCACCAUAAGGUGCAGGCGGACUACGGACGUAGAAGACAGUGGCGAGACAAGGGCUUGGUUGACAGAUUGACGUACUUGGAAAAGUCCACAGGGGUUUGGACCACUUUGCAACUUAAUUGAAAUAGCUCGAAGUAAGACAUACAAAGACCUCUCAUUUCUUUUGUUGGGGCUUGUAAGGUGUGGGGUAAUGGUCAAUCACAGGAAUGCUUUCCGGAAGCUGGGUCGCACUAGCAGUCAUCGAUGGGCGCUGCUCAGGACAAUGGUGUCCCAAUUGAUUGAACACGAGAGGAUCGAGACUACGGUGGCCAAGGCAAAAGAGCUUCGUCGCGUUGCAGACAACAUGGUGACCUUGGGAAAGGAAGGGACCCUUCACGCGCGGCGGCAAGCGGCGGCAGUCGUUAGGGGCGACGAGCAUGUCUUCAAACUGUUCAACGACUUCGCUGAGAGAUACAAGGAGCGAGAAGGGGGAUACACGCGGGUGCUGCAAACGCGCGACCGAAAAGACUCAGCCCCGAUGGCCUAUAUCGAAUUCGUCGACAGACCGGGGGAGUUGGUCGCAGCGCAGCCGCCCCGGCAACAACCGGAGCAACGGCCUGCAUACUGGCCUUUCCCCUUCUCUCGGCCCCGCAUACCUGAUCCCGCACAUGACAAACCCCCACCUCCUCCUCCCAAGAUGGGCGCGAAGAUGAAGAAGAAUUCGAAGUAGCCGUUUUGAGGUGCCGAAUGGUCGUUGUCUCUCGUAUGUACAUAAUUUGGUCAUAUUCCCGGUGGGGUCGGAAGAUACAGGCUGAGAACCUUUGAGUUGACACUUUGACAUGCUCGCAAUGAUGCAGAUAUCCAGUGGGUGUCACCUUCUGGUGGCCGUGCUUUCAGUGCAUGAAUG